AUGCGUCACCUUCCCUCCGGCCCGGCGGCGCGGAAUGGCCUGCGUCCCCGGGGCCGCUCCACAGCGGCGGACGAGCUCGCGCCCCAACCGCCCCACGCCCCGCGUAGCGUGAGAAGUGCCAUGCGACGCGGUGUGCCCUUGCCUUUCGAAAACGCUGCGCCUUGCCCGAACCGACACGCAGAGACAUUUUUAGGAAAAAAGUUUGUUUUCACAUGCCUCUUUCGCGGCGGGCGCGCGAGCCUGGCGGCGCGUGCCGAAGAGGAAGCCAAAAACCCAAAGAACACCCGCAUUUUAUCCGGCAACUUUUCCCCACCCGCCCCGCGCCGUGGGCGGCCAACGCAUUCGGCGCGGGGCGAAGGCGCGCGGGCACGUUUUAAAACAAUGCCCUUUUCCGCCGCGGAAGGG